GUAUGUCUCCUCAGUGGAAGAUUCAAAAAACUAGAAUUCUAAACUAAACCAUCAGGAAAAGAUUUUGUUAGGGAAACAGAUUUAUAAAUACAUUACCUUAUUUGUUGGUGUCACUAUAUAUCUGUAGUGAUAGCUGUUCUGCAUUCUUUUUAAGGCUGUGGCUUUGUUUAACCCUAAUGAGACAUCAUCUACUACAACAGUACAACGCUGGAGAAAUCAAGGUCAAGCUAACUAUAUUUUUGUGAUUCUAGAAGCAAAAAUCAGGAACACAUAUUUAAGUCUGGCAAAUUCUGCAUAAAGUUACAAACAUGGAAACCAGUACUAAUAACCCCACUCGUUUUCAUGUCAACUUGGCUUAUGAAAAUGAUGACAGUAGUGGCAAUUCACAUGAACAUGAUGGACCUCCAGAAUACGAGGCAACAUCAUUUACCAGCUCUGGACAGAGUAAACAGAGACCAAGCUACACAUCUGGAGAGAGACAGCUGUAUGAAAAUGCCCAUCACAAUGGAGAUGCUGUUAAGAAUGAUGGUGGUGUCAAUCUGUAUGAUACUGUUUCAAAUGCCUAUUACCUGAGAACAUUUGGGCAUAACACAAUAGAUGCAGUGCCCAGAAUUGAGUAUUAUCGAAACGCAGGGAGCAUCAGUGGAAUGAAACUGAAUAGGCCAACCCUUGCUGACCUUCAUGAGGAAAUGGCAGCGAACGUAACUAUCACUCCAAGUUCUUUGGAUGGAAUUGUAAAUGGAGAUGGAAUACCAGGAGAAGGUGAAGAAGGCAAGGAAGGAGAUGCAACAAAAGGAUUUGUGAAGUUUGGUUGGGUAAAGGGUGUACUGGUAAGAUGUAUGCUGAAUAUAUGGGGUGUAAUGCUUUUUAUUCGUCUGUCAUGGAUAAUGGGCCAAGCAGGAAUAGGUCUCGGAGUUGUGAUCAUUUCAUUAAGUGUGGUGGUAACCACACUUACAGGUAUUUCUAUGUCAGCCAUAUGUACCAAUGGAGUGGUCAGAGGAGGUGGUGCUUACUAUCUGAUUUCUCGAAGCUUGGGACCUGAGUUUGGUGGCUCAAUUGGUCUCAUCUUUGCCUUUGCAAAUGCUGUAGCUGUAGCUAUGUAUGUUGUAGGAUUCUCAGAAACUAUCGUAGAACUUCUUAAGAGUAGCAAUGCAUUGAUGGUUGAUGAAAUGAAUGAUAUCCGAAUCAUUGGCUCGAUUACAGUAGUAUUAUUGCUAGCGAUUUCUGUGGCUGGUAUGGAGUGGGAAGCUAAGGCCCAGGUGUUCCUGCUAGUGAUCCUGCUUGUUGCCAUUGCUAAUUUCUUCAUUGGAACCAUUAUCCCAUCGACACACGAGAAAAAGGCACGUGGAUAUUUCAGCUACCAAGCUGUGAUAUUUGCUGAAAACUUUGGACCACAGUUUAGGGAUGGUGAAGGAUUCUUUAGUGUCUUUGCUAUAUUCUUCCCAGCCGCAACUGGUAUUCUGGCGGGAGCCAAUAUCUCAGGAGAUUUACAGGACCCACAAGGAGCUAUCCCAAUUGGAACAAUGCUGGCUAUUUUAAUUACAACUCUUACUUACUUAGGAGUGGCUAUCUGUGUUGCUGCUUGCGUUGUACGUGAUGCCACUGGAAGUACCAAUGACACUGUAAUAACAGGAAUGAAUUGCAACGGGUCUGCAGCUUGUACUCUGGGCUACGACUUUUCCAGGUGUGAGACUCAGAAGUGUGCCUAUGGGCUGAUGAAUAACUUCCAGGUGAUGAGUAUGGUUUCCGGAUUCGGUCCUCUAAUCACAGCCGGGAUCUUUUCAGCAACGCUGUCUUCUGCUCUGGCCUCACUUGUUAGUGCACCAAAAGUCUUUCAGGCUCUUUGUAAGGACAACAUCUACAAAAUACUACAUUUCUUUGCCAAGGGACAUGGAAAAAACAAUGAGCCAAUUCGAGGCUAUGUUCUAACUUUUGUGAUUGCCCUUGGAUUCAUUCUAAUUGCUGAAUUAAAUACAAUUGCACCCAUCAUCUCAAAUUUUUUCCUGGCUUCAUACGCGCUGAUCAAUUUUUCCUGUUUCCAUGCUUCAUAUGCACAUUCUCCAGGAUGGAGACCUGCAUUCAAAUAUUAUAACAUGUGGAUCUCAUUGUUUGGUGCAAUUCUGUGCUGUGCCGUCAUGUUUGUUAUCAACUGGUGGGCAGCCGUGAUUACCUACGGCAUUGAGCUCUUCCUAUAUAUUUAUGUGGUAUACAGGAAACCAGAGGUAAACUGGGGAUCGUCAUCACAGGCCAUUAGCUUUGUUACUGCUGUAAACGAUGCCCUUGAACUAAGUGGAGUGGAAGAUCAUGUGAAAAACUUCAGGCCACAGUGCAUUGUGUUGACUGGGCCAACCAUGGCUAGGCCUGCAUUGCUGGAUAUAACACACUCAUUUACGAAGGACACUGGGCUUUGUAUCUGCUGUCAAGUGUUUGUGGGUCCGAGAAAGCAAAUGGUAGCUGAGAUGAACUGCACCAUGGAAAAAUAUCAGGGCUGGCUCAUCAAAAACAAGAGAAAAGCAUUUUAUGCUGCAGUUGCUGCUGACAACUUCAGGGACGGUGUUAAAAGUAUGCUACAGGCUUCUGGCUUGGGAAGAAUGAAGCCCAACACCUUGGUGAUUGGUUAUAAAAAAGACUGGAGGAAAGAUCUUCAUGUAGCUGUUGAAAACUAUGUUGGCGCAAUACAUGAUGCAUUUGACUUUGAAUAUGGAGUCAUCAUAAUAAGGGUUAAUCAAGGGUUUGACAUUUCUCCAAUUCUGAAGGCGCAAGAGGAAAUGGAAAGGUUGGAACAGGAGAGACUUGCCCUGGAAGCAGCUAUUAAAGAAAAUGAAACUGAUGACAACAGUCGUGGUAUUUUUGGAAUUUUGAACAAAGCUAGUAAAAUGGCAAAACGUGAACCCAAGAAAGUGUCCAAUAUUAGCUCAAUACAUGUGGCAGAUUACAACCCACGACUCUUGGAUGCCAGCAUGCAGUUCAAGAAAAAACAGAACAAAGGCACAAUUGAUGUUUGGUGGAUGUUUGAUGAUGGAGGUUUAACCCUGCUGAUUCCAUACAUUCUAACAACAAGGAAGAAGUGGAACGAUUGCACUCUUAGGAUUUUUAUGGGUGGAAGUGUCAACCACAUUGAUGAUGACAAACGAGCAAUGGUUGCACUGCUCAGCAAAUUUCGGAUCAACUUUGCAGAUAUUUUUAUAAUUGGAGAUGUCAACACUAAGCCAAACAAAGAAAGCUGGAAUUCCUUUGAAGAAAUGAUUGAACCAUUUCGACUGCAUGAAGGUUUAAAAGAUUCUGCAACAGCAGAGAAAAUGAAAAGAGAAUAUCCUUGGAAAAUUACUGAUGCUGAGCUUAAAACGUUUAAAGACAAGACUUACAGGCAGGUCCGACUCAAUGAACUCCUUCAGGAAAAUUCCAGGGCCGCUAACCUUAUUGUUCUGAGUCUUCCAAUACCGAGGAAACGGAAUAUGUCUGAACUCCUUUAUAUGGCCUGGCUAGAAGUUCUAACCAAGAACUUGCCUCCUGUUCUGCUGAUCAGAGGAAACCAGAAGAAUGUAUUGACAUUUUAUUCAUAGUUUAUAGAUCUUUUGCAUUGUGUUCCUGUCACAAAUCAUUCACCCUUCUUUUGGAUACAAACAUCAUCUUGUCAGUUUAAAUUCAUUUUGUUAAACCUUUCUCAAAAUCGGCAAGCCAUAAGUUUCAUCAAAGCAAUUCUUGAGUCAGUAAAGAUUACUCCUUACCAAAACAAAAUUAUGAAUCUGCAUACCUCAUAGAGGAUAAAUUAUUUUGCAGAUACACUACAGCUUUUAUUUUUCUGAAACAAUUCUUUUAUCAGACAUGUCCUUGCAAGUAAAUACUAACUUUGUGGCUCCUUGAAGCUUUUUGCCUGUUCUAUGACAAGGCCUUCUUUUCACUGUUACAUACACUUUGGUUUGGGUUUUCUAGUUCAUUUCAUCAUUAUUUAUUAUUGAGCAAAAAUAGUGCCUUUACAGCAGAUACAGUUCGUGGACAAAUGCUCAGUAUGAUUUGAGAAUAAAGCUUUCCAUAGUUUACUAAAAUGUGACCAUGAAGCCAUUGUUAUAAACAACAGCACACUUUCUAAUUCUGAUCAUUUUCCCAAGUAAACAUUUUUGAAAACAUUCUUGUACUUAACUUGAAUAUAAGAGAUCUUUUGGCUGUUAAGAAUCUAUUGAUAUUAAUUUGAUUUUCCUGUAGUCUUGAGGAGAGGAGUUAGCUUAGUUAAAAGUUACAUAAAUUAAGGAAUUAUGCAUGUUACUUUUAUUCUGCUUGGUGUGGGUAAGUUCUGCAAGCCAUAUAUUAUUUCAGAAAUAACAAAUGUCACUAUCUCAUUCAGAUGUAUAAUAGUAUGGUAAGAGGAUCAGAGCACUGCUAUAAAAGCUAUAGUCUAUUAUUGAAGUGUAACAAACAGGUGUGUGAACAGAAAGGAAGAUGCUUUCAGGACCUUUAUAUACUAUUCAACUAUGCCCAAGACUGAUGGAUGAUUCAUUAAAUCAUAAUACUUAUCAUUCAGUAUAUAUAAUUACAACAAAAUGAAAUCAACUGCUAUUCAGCACUCCUAAGAGCUUUUCAAGGGACAUGACAUUUCAUUGUAUUUUUCAUAUCUUGCCACUUUUUAAAGUGUGUGUUUCUAUCUCUACCAAACAGUCUGUGGUCAAUGCACAGCAGGCAGUUUUUCUAAUUUCUAUAACUGUGCUGCAAAAAAAGAUCAGAGAUGGCCUAUUCAUAUCACUAAACAAAUUGUUUAACUUAUUAUACAGAGAGAAAAUUAUGAUAGCAGAUUUAAAUGCUGUGUAAAAUUCUUACCACACUGGGUCCUUUCAAUACGGCUAACAAGCCUGAGGAGGCCUCCAGUUAGACAGCUCUCAUUUGUAGCAUCAUAUUCUCUCUGAAUGUUUCAGUGGUGUACAAACUUGUUUGGGGUUGCCCUAUUGCAGAAACUGACCAUUAGCUGCUAUGCAUCCAAUUCAAUUGUUUCUGCCUUCCAUGCCCAAUAUUACACCACCAAUGGUGGGGUGCAUGUGGGAAGGAGUAUAGAGCUAUCCCAGCACCAUCUCCUCCCUGGACAGGGCCAACCAGCCAGGUGGAAAAUGGAAUUGUAAAGCAGAACUGUGGAAGAUAAAUUGGCGAGAGGAUGCCUACUGUAUCAUGUAUUCUGCACACACCAAACUUAAGCCCUAUUCCCCAUUGGUGUAGUGGAUUAGAUCACCAAAGUGGGCAUGGACGAGUGGCCAUGACAGCGGUUCCUAUCAUGACAUUAAAAAGUGUAAAUAUCGAACGGCCUAAAUGCCGGACCUCAAUAUGCUUUUUGUGAGAUUGCAGUACAGUGAAGAUCAGAAUAUUUGCCCUUUCCUCACUGUAGCACAAUCUUGGAGUUGGUAUAUAUAUUUAGUAGGGGUUGUGGGGGGCGCAGCCACCCACAAUAGCAAGUUUGAGGUCAGGCAUUUUCUGCCUUUAGGUUGUUCGAUAUUUUGUUUGUUCAAUGUUGUGAUAUAGACCCUCCAUGACAGAGAUGCCCCCACUUGAGAAGUGAUGAACCCUUCAUCUGUCCUCCCACUAUUGCAGGUACUGUUCUGUUAUGGUCCUUGGUUUCACCACAGUGGACUAGUCACUGCUGUGCUUCUGAAUGUCGUCACACUCCCUGGAAGAGGGCAGCAGGCUAUGCCUCAUCCUUACUGCACGGCCCACCUCAAGCCAGUGCUGACAGAUGCUUAAACCAUUAGAUGAACUUAGGGUGCCAGGGUCCCUGGGUCAUAGUCAAAGAUUUAACAGUCUGCACCAAUGGAGCUGGCCAAGGUACACAAAACUUAAAACAGUGUGCCAGAUAUAAUUACUGAUAGCUUCAGUCUCAGGAAUGUCACAGUUAGAAUUGUUUCUCACUAAAAAAAUGCCUGUUAACAAUUUUGUCAACAGAUAUUGACUUGCGUCAAAACAGAACCUAAAACUUACAUACCUCUCAACUGUCCAGAUUUUUGCCUCAUAUUUUUAGUCUGCUUCUCAUAAAAUUGUGUUUUUUCUAGCA